UGCACGCUUCUGGAAUGGCUCAGGACAUACGUCAACCGUGAUUGACUCUAUAAUUCAUUCCGACGACCGAUGCUGCCCCGCCAUGCGCUCCCCGCCGGCAUAGCUUCGGUCCGGGGAUGCUUCUGAUACGCGCUCGGCGCGCUUCAGCCUCACACGAAAUUUUCGCAGGAGAUGAUGCCCAGGAAAGCCGACGUGUUCGUGGGGUUUGUCGGGGAAGGUGGCACCGAGCGUCACGUGCUUGGAGGGGCACGAGUUGGAGCCAGUUGGAGCGUCAUAGUGCAGCACGUUUUCUGGGCUACUGCAGUCUUCCGAGUGUUCACGACGAGGUGAAAAUCCAUCGGCUGUUGGGGCGGCGAGAAUUUCCGUUCCGAGGCACGAGCGGCGAGAAUUGCACCCUUCAACCCCAUAGAGACGCGUGCGAUGCAUGCCCACCGAACCACGGCAGAUCUAACGCAGCUAACCAACCACUACGGGCGGAAUGCCAAACUGGACCCUUAGCCGCGUUUCCAGAACCCCAGAUCUCGCUCCGAUUGCUCAACGGCAGAUUCCCAAAACGGGGAGAAUUGCCUCAUGGUGCAGACUUAUCUUUGUUCGAGCCUACGACGGCCCUACGUAGUGCGGAGAGACCUCCACGAGUGGAUCUCAAAGAUGGAGACGAUGAGAAAUCUGACUCCAGGAAUUCAGGCUGGGCUUACUUCGGAAGUGAUGAUGUUUGCUAGUUCUGGCAAUACCAUGCUGCGUCGUAUCGAGGUACGGAAAGGAUAAGUACUCCUCUCAUCUUGUCACAUAUCGACACAUCAAUCAUACAAUCUCCA